UACAUCCCUACGGACUACGGCCCUACCGAAAAACCAGCCAGCUUCUUCAAAUUUGGUUCCUCCUCUCUUCACACUUCACACUUCACACUUCAGAGUGUUACUCAGCCACAUCCUCUCUCCUCUGUUCUAAUCGGCGAGCGGCAACUCGACGUCAAGCAACCGCAAUGUUCGCCGGUGCCGGAGAUGGACAGUAGCAAGGGCUGUCCCGUGUUGCAGUCUAGCCCGGACAAUCUCAGCAAACACCACUCAAGAUCUUUUGGGGGAGUUGAUUGUGAUGAAGGUUGAUUGAGGAGUCGGCUCUUGGAUCAUCAAAGGUUUCUUACAUUGUAAAAAUCCGGAGAAUCUAGAGGAAAAAUAAGCACAAGUAUCCCACUGAAUCAGAACUAUCAUUAUAUUUCAUAUUUGGUUUUACAGCUUUCUUUAGAUAUAAGCUUCUAUGCCCAUAAUUUUCCCUGCUUUAUUUACUUUUCUUUCGGUUUUCUCAAAAUCUAAACGGUUAAAUGUGAGGCUCCGGUUUUCAUCUUCGUAUUGUGUAAAUGAUUAUAUUGACGAAAACUUCGAUAACCAAGUUGUCCAUCUUAAGCAUCUAAAUCAUGACUCUGAUGCUUCUUCCGUCUAUACUUCACUUUUGAGUAGCUCAAAGCAUAUCAUUGAUUUGAGGCAAAUUCAUGCCCAGAUAAUACUUUCUGGAUUUCAUACUAGAGAAAGCUUCUUUGUCUCUCAGUUCAUUAAUGCAUGCUUUAAUAUCGGUGAAGUUGGCUAUGCUCGUCAGGUAUUCGAUGACUUUCCUCAGCCAAAUAUAUCUAUGUGGAAUGCCAUUGUUGGAGGAUAUAGUCGGGGUGAUAUGUUGCGUGAGACAAUUGAAAUGUAUGCUGGAAUGCAGCGAGCUGGGGUGAGUCCUGAUUGCUAUAUUCUUACGCGAGUUCUUAAAGCAUGCAGUUUGCUACAGCUGCUUGAGACUGGUGGGGCUAUCCACGGGAAUAUAUUUAGGCUUGGGCAUGAUUCUAACAUGUUUGUGCAAAGUGGGCUUGUUUCACUUUAUGCUGAGUGUGGAGGUAUUGAUUAUGCCAGGAAGCUUGUUUCUUCUAAUGGCUUGUUGUGUAGCAGAAGAUCUAUAGUUGUUUCUUGGACCGCCAUUCUAUCAAAAUGUGCGCAAAAUGGUAAUCCCAUGGAGGCUUUGAGACUAUUCAGUGAUAUGAGGAUGAUGAAUAUGAAGCCCGAUUGGAUUACUCUAGUGAGUGUUCUCAGAGCUUGUGCUGAUCUUGAUUAUUUGGAACAAGGAAAAUCUCUUCAUGGUUGUGUCCUUAAAAUGGGUCUUGAAUCAGAAGAAGAUUUGCAAAUUUCACUCACAGCUAUGUACGCAAAAUGUGGGCAAGUGAUGGUGGCAAGAUAUUUGUUUAAUCAGAUAAAUAAACAAAACGUGAUACUGUGGAAUUCUAUGAUUUCCGGAUAUGCUAAAAAUGGUCAUGCUGAGGAAGCUGUAGAGCUGUUCAAAAUAUUGGCCACGAAGAAGAAUAUGAAGCCAGAUUCUAUCACUCUAAGGGCUGCUAUUCUAGCUUGUGCCCAACUUGGUUCACUUGACCUGGCAAGAUGGAUGAAUGAUUAUGUCAGUAGAAGUGAUUAUCAGAAUCAUGUAUAUGUUAAAACAGCACUUAUUGAUAUGUAUGCUAAAUGUGGAAGUGUGGAAGCAGCUAGGCUAGUUUUCAAUAAGAUUCGUGAUAAGGAUGUUGUUGUUUGGAGUGCCAUGAUCGUGGGAUAUGGAUUGCAUGGUCGUGGCAGAGAAGCUAUUGAUCUUUAUGACGCAAUGAUGCAAGCUGAAGUGAGGCCUAAUGAUGUCACUUUUCUUGGCCUUCUUAUGGCAUGUAAAAAUUCAGGUCUGGUCAAAGAGGGAUGGAAUUUUUUUCAUAGGAUGAAAGAUUACGGCGUAGAGCCUCUUCACCAACAUUAUGCUUGUGUUGUUGAUCUGCUUGGUCGUGCUGGGUACUUGGCAGAAGCCUACAAAUUCAUUGUUAGAAUGCCCAUGCAACCAGGGGUAACGGUAUGGGGUGCUCUUCUGAGUGCAUGCAAAAUCCAUCGCCAUAUACAAAUGGGAGAAUUUGCAGCUGCCAAGGUCUUUGAGAUAGAUCCAUAUAAUACUGGACACUACGUGCAGCUGUCAAAUCUGUAUGCUGCAGCACGUAUGUGGGAUGAGGUUAAUGAAGUUCGCAAGCUUAUGAAAGAUAGGGGUUUGAGCAAGGAUUUUGGAUUUAGUUUGAUUGAGAUUAAUGGAAAGCUCCAAGUAUUUCGUGUAGGAGACAAUUCACAUCCAAGAUAUGAGGAAAUUUUGAAGGAGCUUGCUGAUUUAGAGUGGAGGUUGAAAGAGGCUGGUUUUUUCCCAGAUUCAGAAUCUAAUUUGCAUGAUUUAAGUUAUGAAGACAUGCAGGAGAGUCUUUGUAAUCAUAGUGAGAGGUUGGCAGUUGCUUGUGGUCUCAUCUCUACACCAUCAGGAAGCACUCUACGGAUAAUAAAAAAUCUCAGGGCAUGUGUCAACUGUCACUCUGCCAUUAAGCUUAUAUCAAAAAUCACCAAUAGGGAAAUAAUUGUUCGAGAUGCUAAUCGAUUUCAUCAUUUUAAAGAUGGAGUUUGUUCUUGUGGAGACUAUUGGUGAAAGCAUUUGCACAUUUUACUUAUAUUAAUUGCAUUGAACCACUCCGGAGGAGAUGCUUCAGAGUUCAGAACUACACAUGAAGGAUCAUGACUGCCAGGUGUCAUAUACCACUUGCGGCAGUAUUUAUUUAGGGGUUACAUUUCUAUUUAUGUUGGGUAGUCGAUGUCGGAAAUGGUGUCUGGAAACUUCCGAGCAGCUGCAACUAAGGCACAGAAGUUUUCAAGGAGAAGUUGAGAGUUCCGGUAACCCAUAUUCUUGAAAAGUCUUAUAAUUAAAGUAGCCAUCUUGGAGGGCAUCAUUGCUUGACCUGGGGCUGCUAUUUCUUCUAAUUGAAUGUUAAGAUUGGCGACUGAUGAACUGCGUGUCUGCUUUUCGUGGAAAAAACCUGACUUGUCACUUGGUUCUGCGUAUAAAGCUUUGUUGAGUUUGUUUU